UAUUUAAUAUAUUUAAAAAUACAAAAAAAAAGAAUGUCUUCCUCAUUAUCAACAUUUAUUCAAGUCCCUCCAACUUCUGAUUUUACAAUUUACAAUUUGCCUUAUGGAGUUUUCACUACUUUGGAUAAUCAAAAGAAAAGAAUUGGUGUGGCUAUUGGAGAUGAAAUUUUGGAUUUGUCUGCGAUUUUGAAUUUGUUUGAUGGCCCUUUGCUGUUUAAAAAUUUGAAUGUUUUUAAAGAGUCUUUAAAUGCUUUUAUGUCACUUGGACGUCAAGCAUGGCUAGAAGCAAGGGAAACAUUACAAUCAAUUCUGUCUGAUACUAAUUCUGUUCUGAGGGACGAUGAUAAUUUGAGGAAACUUGCUUUUGUUAACAUAAGCAAAGCUACAAUGCACAUACCAGCAAAUAUAGGUGACUACACAGAUUUUUAUUCUUCUAUUCAUCAUGCAACAAAUGUUGGGAUAAUGUUUAGAGGAAAGGAUAAUGCUCUACUUGAAAAUUGGAAGCAUCUUCCUGUUGGCUACCAUGGAAGAGCUUCAAGUAUUGUUGUUUCUGGAGUCCCUGUUCGUCGUCCCUGGGGACAAGUAAAAGCAGAUGAAGCAAAAGAACCCGAAUUUGUUCCAAGUAAAUUAAUGGAUUUUGAAUUGGAAAUGGCUUUUUUUGUUGGUGGAAAAGAAAAUGAAUUGGGGAAACCUAUACCUAUUGAAAAUAUUGAAGAACAUAUUUUUGGAAUGGUUUUGAUGAAUGAUUGGAGUGCUAGAGAUAUACAAAAAUGGGAAUAUAUUCCACUUGGGCCUUUUCUCAGCAAAAGUUUUGCUACAAAUAUAUCGCCAUGGAUUGUAACGAUGGAAGCUCUUAAACCUUUUAUUGUUGCUAAUACAAAACAAGAUCCACCUCCAAUGAAGCAUUUACAUCAUUUUGAUGAUUUUAAUUUUGAUAUUGAAUUGGAUGUUUCUAUAAAACCUAAAGACAGUAAUGUAGACUAUACUCUUUCAAAAACAAAUUUUAAAUAUUUAUAUUGGACAAUAAAACAACAAUUGGCUCAUCAUGCAAGUAACGGCUGCAAUAUACGCCCAGGAGAUUUAAUGGACACCCGAUUCUUUGGGAUGUUUAUUAGAAUUAUCUUGGCGUGGUCAAAAUCCUGUUAAAUUGGGUGAUAGUGGACAAACUAGAAAGUUUUUGGUUGAUGGAGAUGAAGUGGCUAUAAAAGGUUUUUGUUACGAUAAGAAGACAAAUAUCAGAGUUGGUUUUGGAGAAUGCCGUUCUAUGUUAUUGCCUGC